UUCCCGGUGGCUGCCGCUUACUGCCCCGUCGGUUUCUUGGAACAGGAGAUGCAAGGGGGUGAGGAUGGCGAAAUCCAGAGUGGCUUCACCAGGUGCUGCGAAUGGCUGAGAUGCUGUGGUGGAGGGGAGCCCAGGCCCCGCACUGUCUGGUUGGGACACCCAGAGAAAAGGGACCAGAGGUACCCUCGAAAUGUCAUCAAUAACCAGAAGUACAACUUCUUUACCUUCCUUCCUGGAGUGCUGUUCAACCAGUUCAAAUACUUUUUCAACCUCUAUUUCUUGCUUCUGGCCUGCUCCCAGUUCGUUCCUGAAAUGAGACUCGGCGCACUCUACACCUACUGGGUCCCCCUGGGCUUUGUGCUGGUGGUCACCAUCAUCCGCGAGGCGGUGGAGGAGAUCCGAUGCUUCAUGAGGGACAAAGAAGUCAACUCCCAGGUCUACAGCCGGCUCACAGCCAGAGGGACAGUGAAGGUGAAGAGUUCCAACAUACAAGUUGGAGAUCUUAUCAUCGUCGAAAAGAACCAGCGGGUCCCUGCUGACAUGAUCUUUCUCAGGACUUCAGAAAAAAACGGGUCUUGCUUCUUGCGGACAGAUCACCUGGACGGGGAGACGGACUGGAAGCUACGGCUCCCCGUGGCCUGCACCCAGAGGUUGCCCACUGCUGCGGAUCUGCUUCAGAUUCGAUCAUAUGUGUACGCAGAGGAGCCAAACAUCGACAUUCACAACUUUGUGGGAACUUUUUCCAGAGAAGACAGCGACCCUUCCGUCAGCGAGAGCUUGAGCAUCGAGAACACGCUCUGGGCAGGCACCGUCAUUGCAUCCGGUACUGUUGUGGGUGUCGUUCUUUAUACUGGCAGAGAACUCCGGAGUGUCAUGAAUACCUCAAAUCCCCGAAGCAAGAUUGGCCUGUUUGACCUGGAGGUGAACUGCCUCACGAAGAUCCUCUUUGGCGCUUUGGUGGUGGUGUCGCUGGUCAUGGUUGCCCUGCAGCACUUUGCCGGUCGUUGGUACCUACAGAUCAUCCGGUUCCUUCUGUUGUUUUCCAACAUCAUUCCCAUCAGUCUGCGUGUGAACCUGGAUAUGGGCAAGAUUGUGUACAGCUGGGUGAUUCGAAGGGAUUCCAAAAUCCCUGGGACCGUGGUUCGUUCCAGUACAAUUCCUGAGCAGCUGGGUCGGAUUUCUUACUUACUGACAGACAAGACAGGAACUCUUACCCAGAAUGAGAUGGUUUUCAAACGGCUCCAUCUAGGGACAGUGGCCUAUGGACUUGACUCAAUGGACGAAGUACAGAGCCACAUAUUUAGUAUUUACACCCAGCAAUCCCAGGACCCACCUGCCCAGAAGGGCCCCACACUCACCACCAAAGUCCGGCGCACCAUGAGCAGCCGUGUGCAUGAAGCCGUGAAGGCCAUCGCCCUCUGCCACAACGUGACCCCUGUGUACGAGUCCAACGGCGUGACUGAGCAGGCCGAGGCUGAGAAGCAGUACGAAGACUCCUGCCGUGUGUACCAGGCGUCCAGUCCAGAUGAGGUGGCCCUGGUACAGUGGACGGAAAGCGUGGGUUUAACGCUGGUGGGCCGAGACCAGUCUUCCAUGCAGCUGAGGACCCCUGGCGACCAGAUCCUGAACUUCACCAUCUUGCAGAUCUUCCCGUUUACCUACGAAAGCAAGCGCAUGGGCAUCAUUGUGAGGGAUGAAUCAACUGGAGAAAUUACAUUUUACAUGAAGGGGGCAGAUGUUGUCAUGGCUGGAAUCGUGCAGUAUAAUGACUGGCUGGAGGAGGAGUGUGGCAACAUGGCACGAGAAGGGCUGCGGGUGCUCGUGGUGGCGAAGAAGUCUCUGGCCGAGGAGCAGUAUCAAGACUUUGAAGCCCGCUACGUCCAGGCCAAGCUGAGCGUGCACGACCGCUCCCUCAAGGUGGCCACCGUGAUCGAGAGCCUGGAGAUGGAGAUGGAGCUGCUCUGCCUGACGGGCGUGGAGGACCAGCUGCAGGCAGACGUGAGGCCCACGCUGGAGACUCUGCGGAAUGCCGGCAUCAAGGUUUGGAUGCUGACAGGGGACAAGCUGGAGACAGCGACAUGCACAGCAAAGAAUGCACAUCUGGUGACCAGAAACCAAGACAUCCACAUCUUCCGACUGGUGACCAACCGCGGGGAGGCCCAUCUGGAGCUGAACGCCUUCCGCAGGAAGCAUGACUGCGCCCUGGUGAUCUCGGGAGACUCGCUGGAGGUUUGCCUCAAGUACUACGAGUAUGAGUUCAUGGAGCUGGCCUGCCAGUGCCCGGCCGUGGUCUGCUGCCGCUGUGCACCCACCCAGAAGGCCCAGAUCGUGCGCUUGCUCCAGGAACGCACUGGGAAGCUCACCUGUGCAGUAGGUGAUGGAGGCAAUGAUGUCAGUAUGAUUCAGGAGUCCGACUGUGGCGUGGGGGUCGAAGGAAAGGAAGGAAAACAGGCUUCGCUGGCUGCCGAUUUCUCCAUCACUCAGUUUAAGCAUCUUUGUCGCUUACUUAUGGUGCACGGCCGGAACAGCUACAAGCGGUCAGCCGCCCUCAGUCAGUUUGUGAUCCACAGGAGCCUCUGUAUCAGCACCAUGCAGGCCGUCUUCUCCUCUGUGUUUUACUUCGCCUCCGUUCCCCUCUAUCAAGGAUUCCUCAUCAUUGGGUACUCCACCAUUUACACCAUGUUUCCUGUAUUUUCUCUGGUCCUGGACAAAGAUGUCAAGUCUGAAGUUGCCAUGCUAUAUCCUGAGCUCUACAAGGAUCUCCUCAAGGGACGGCCGUUGUCCUACAAGACCUUCUUAAUAUGGGUGUUGAUUAGCAUCUACCAAGGGAGCACCAUCAUGUACGGAGCGCUGCUGCUGUUCGAGUCAGAGUUUGUGCACAUCGUGGCCAUCUCCUUCACGUCGCUAAUCCUCACCGAGCUGCUGAUGGUGGCGCUGACCAUCCAGACCUGGCACUGGCUCAUGACGGUGGCCGAGCUGCUCAGCCUGGCCUGCUACAUCGCCUCCCUGGUCUUCUUACACGAGUUCAUAGAUGUGUACUUCAUCGCCACCUUGUCCUUCUUGUGGAAAGUCUCCGUUAUCACUCUGGUCAGCUGCCUCCCCCUCUACGUCCUCAAGUACCUGCGGAGGCGGUUCUCUCCCCCCAGCUACUCGAAGCUCACAUCGUAGGCUGUACGCUCGGUGGGGGGACCCCAGUCUCUGCUCUCCUGAUGGACACAGUUCAAGUUCCGUUGACCCUAACGCCACCUAUGGAUUGUGCGGUAAUUGCGAAUGCGGGCAGUUUCGACGUGAAGAACCCCUGCAGUUCCGCUGCGUCCUAAGGCUGAAUAAACAGGAGGGAGAUUCCCACAGGUGCCCAUGCAGGCCUCUUUUACCCGUUUAUUCACAUUUGAACGAAUGUGAGUAAGUUAAAGCUGGUGGCUCAGCCGAGAGAGUUAGAUGGGUCACUGCGCAAGCUUCGUAAAGACUUGAAUUUUGUUGUCAUGUGAUCAAAGUUUCUGUCUAGAUGAAGAAGGGGCUUUUUUUUUUUUUUCUUAUUUUAACAGUCCUAAUAUGUGUGCACUCUACAUCUUUUUCUCUCUUAAACUGUUUCAGAGAAAUACAAAGCUCUUGGUGUAUGUUUGAAGGAAAAAACGGUGGCGUUUGAUACAAAGUUACACGGGGCGCAUUCUCAAUUUGGAAUUGCCACAUAGCCUCUCUAAGGGGGUCCUAAACAACAUUAAAUUCUUAGAAAGAAAACACUUUUUUUUUAAUGGUCAUGGAGAGGAGAGGGAGAGAGCGUGCUGUAAAUCCACUGCGUUGUCUUUGAUCCAGCUCAGCAUCUACACAACUUGCAGUAACUUCACCUGUCACCUCGUAAAAAAAUUUCAAAGGUGUUAUCUUACUUUGUUAGGACCUGGUAGCAGUUAACAAGUCAGUGGCUAUCUGAGGACAUCCCUCCGCAUUUUCAGCAGAGUUGUUUUAGCAGGAAACACGCCACUGAGCGGCCCCUAAAUGUGUCGACACUGUGAUAAGAGACUCAACUAAUUCUUUAGACAACAUGGCAGAUGUGACUCAGAUCCUCAGAGUCCAGAGCGGAAAGGUCAGGGAGCCGGGGCUCUUUGCUGCUGCAGAAAUCUGUUUCCUGUUAGGAGGAAUUACUGAGGAUGAACUGACAAAGGCGGAGACAUUUUACAGCGUUGCCAUUCAUCGGUGGCGGCUUAAAGUGAGGAGCCCUGGGGGGAGGAGGCCGCCGCUGCGGCUUUGGGAUCUGGGGUGUGUUCGCUGCGGCUUUGGGAUCUGGGGUGUGUUCCGCUGUGUACACAUUUCCAGGGGGCCUUGCCGAAAGGCAGCUAGUAGUAAAGAUGGCUCCCCCACCAGGAUGGAGGGCAUGCGUGUGUGUUUCCUAUAAAAGUUGUGGCUUCUUGUUCCGGAGGAAGAAGGGAGUUUGGGAGCAUUGGCCGUAGCAGGGCAAAGCAUUCUUGGGUUUUCAAGUCACUUCUUGUGAAAGGCACGUGUGCAUGCCAUAAAGAUUAAGCUGGUGGAUCUUCACGAGUUGAAUGUGGUCGAUAUCUUGGGCUUGUGUAUACCCUUCAGUUCAUCAGAUGACACUUCUUGUGUGUGCUUCAGAAACGUCAGUUACAGCCAGGUCCCCAAUUCCCAGUGCCCUCGGGUAAACCAGGCGUGGUGACUGGGGAAGUGAGCAGCAGACGUCUCUUGCCUGUAGAGUGCUCUCGAUACACAUAUGUAUUUUGUGUUGCACUUCCAGAAUUUACUAGAAUGGCAGUAAGCUGCAGGCAAUGAUAAAUUGGCUGUUGACAUCACUUCUGCUUUGUUUUAAGAUUUCUGCAAUUUUGCAGUAUUUCCCCCUUCCUGUUCCAGCCUCUCCUGCCAUACUAGAUACAUUGCAUUGAGUGAAUCGUUGUUUAGAAAUAGGCUGUUUGUCCACAAAUUUCAGGAAGGUUGAGUGAGUCUGACUUCACUGAGUGAUUUCAUGUAGUUUCAGAGGUAGAGGAGGAGAAAGUUGUGCUUCAAAGUUUUUGAAACCUCGUCUGUUUUAUUGGAAGUCAACCUGUAAAACCGAAGUCUCUGAGUUCACGAACACUGAACGUGGCCUUGUUCACAGAUAGGUGAUGGCUUCUGCAGGUAGAUAGGGUGGGAGCCUUGUUAAGAAAUUCCAGCUGUUUCCAGCAGAUAAUAGGGAAUGAAGAUGGUCUUGCUGGUCUUUUUCUUAAUUUCCAAUUUUGAUCAAGGUGUAUGAGUCAAGCCUCUAAGGGGGGCCAGAAAAGCCAGACCUGGAAGUAAGUAGAAGGUGCUUGUCAGUGUCGUCCAGGAGCCGCCUUGUUCUGUUGUCCCAGCCACACUUUGGGGGAGACAAUCAAGGUGAGGACAAGGUGGAAACCGCCAUGUGGUAAGAACACACCAACAGUGGGCAGCGUGCUGGUGCGCCCCCUGGUGGUCCCCGAGUGUGUAGGCAUACGCAUACUUGCUUCUCAAAUACGGGGUGGGAACAAAAAGGGCAAAAGCCUCAAGUCAGCUGACAGUCCUGGAGCGUUACCUGCACAAACCACACUUUAAUCUCUACAGAGAGUUUGUGAACAUCUGGGCACUGCUUGGUUGAGUGGGUCAUCUUGGUUGUGCAGAGAAAACAGAGACAAGCGAACAAAAAAACCUGAGCUCUUUUACAGGAAACUCUCCUGAAUUUGUAAAGCUCGAGCUUACCUUUUCUUGACUGACAAUCUUGAAAGAACUUACAAGCCACCAUUGACACCUUUUCCUCACCUCAGAACUCAGCGGGGCUUAAGUUGCCAACAGCAAAUUUAAGAUGAGCACAGAGGGCCAGGAGGCACACAGUGAGCACCACUUAAACACUUUCCCUUAAGGUAAAACAAUUGGAAUUCUCUGCUGCCCUCUGGUAACACCAGUUAUUGCUGUCAGAGCCAAAGCCUUUAGUAUUUUUUGCUAUAUGUUUUGGGGAUGAUUGUGUGUGUGUGUGUUGUGGGGGAGCAGGAUCUGUUCGGAUUUUUUCUUUUACCCUCCUCCCUUCCUCUUUCUCUAAGAAAAUGAGCGAUUUGCUUCAUCUUGAGUAAUGUCUUAUAUUUGACAGCUCUGAUUCAGUUUUGAGAGCAUGAGCGUGCGUCUGUGGCCCAUGGUGCUGGGUGAGACUGGUGGUGUCCACUCAAGCUGCCUGGACAAAGAGAAGGAGGGUACCCCAGUCAUCAGUCUAAACUUGGAGCAAACCACCUGUUUACAGCUACCUGGAGCUGAUAGGCCAGUUGCUGACUCUCUCCCACUUUCAGCAUGAUUACAUCCCAGAUCCCAGUCCGGCUUCCCUUGAAUGAAACCCUUUUUUGUAGCAGUAAUCUUAAAUACCGUCGUCUGUUUACCAGCAUUUCCUCAGUGUGUUUUCUGCUCAGCUGAAGCCACACCAGUGGUACUUUUUAAUGUAGUUUGAAUUUUGUGCUCAUUUGAAAUUGACACAAUGAUGCCUGUUUUUUUUUCCCGGCAGACUUUCGUUUUUAUAUGUUGUUUGGUUUUUACUGGGGCAGGGCUGGGGGUGCACUCAUGCCUUUACAGGGCAGUGUUUUAAAUCCUUGCCAGAUUUUAGAUGGGAGCUGCACAUUUUCUGCACCAGCCUACUUAAGGCAAAUGCCGAUCGGCCAUUUUUCUCUUUAGUCUUUUCUGUGUGUUUGAUAUGUGUGCGCGUUUGUGUGCAUUUGUGCGUGUGUGACGUUGUCUCCAGUUUUCUGAAGAAAUGCUCGGUUUUUGUUGUAUUAAAAUGCCAUCACUCCCAGGUUGGUGUCAUUUUAAAAAUACACAAGGAGCUUUGUAAAUACGAAAGAUUUUAUCCCCCUCCUCCUUUUAAUGUAAAGCUUUUUGUUGUUUAUAUAUACUUCUUAGGAAAUGUUGCCAUUAAUUAUGUCUAUUUCUUCUUGGAAAAAGAAUACAUUAUGUUUUUGAGUGGAACUGAAACACUGACCGCCGUGUGAGCAGCAUCCUACCACCUGAAGUACCACAGCAUCUUCUCACCCAAGGCAGCGCUCCCGGGGACUCGGUCCUCUCCAUCACUGCAUAGUUUGGGUGGGCAAUGUCAGUGAAUAUUGUGUUUGUGGGGGUUGGGAAAGGGUGUGGCAUUUGCAAAAAAAAAAUUGUGGCUAAUUUAUUAUUUUGUUGCAGUGGGGUUAACUUUAUACGCAUAUAGGAGUCCAUUAUGUCCUCAUUAGUAGAUCUCUUUAUAUGUAAUCCUCAUUGCAAAUAUUUACCAGGACAGCGUUUUUGAUUAGAAGGAAGCUCUGGUCUGUUUGCUUUAAUUUAGCAGGCACUCCCAGAUGACUGAAACACUCAAUUCUGUGAUGACACACAUGUGAUCUUCCGUGUUUCUGAGCGGCUCUUCUUUCAUUGUUUGCCAGCAUGGCCUGAUGCUGUUGCCCAAUAAAGCUUGUGUACUUAUGC